AAUGGCGAAUGAUGACAUGUACGACGUAAGAAGAAAAUAUGUCAUGACAUAAAUCGCAAAAACUGUGGUAUUUUCUGCAAAUUUUAUCUGAUUUUUUAAACGAAAAACCAUGGAUUUUGGUGCACUUCUUCAUACUGCACAGAAAAAUGAGAAAGUCGGGAAAAAAGAGGGCAUUAAGUACUACAGUACCAAAUUUGAACCUCCGAAAAAGCAGCAACGGAAUAAGCAACAGUUGUCAGACAACAUCAAAAAAUUUUUGGCGAAGAAAGAGGCGGAGGAACGCGAAAAGAAGCUCGAAGCUCAUCGAAAGAAAGAAGAAUUAUUAGCUUUGAGAGCGAAGGACAAAAAAGCCACUCGACGUGUUAAUGUUAUGCUAAAACGCACGAAAUCGGCCAAUCAAUCUGUGCUUCAAGACGCUGUAGAUUCAAACAAUACGUCUGUAACUCUCGCUGGUCCAAUCCAGCCGGAUGAAGAUGACUACGGAUAUGUCUCUCAGGAGGCGGCAGCAUUUUACAACAAAAUGAUGGAGAAAUACAGUAAAAUCCCCGAUGAACCUAAAUUCAGUUUGAGUAAGAAGAAAGUGAGCACCGAUUUGAAUAGUACCCGAGAGAGAGUGAAAGCGGCCAUUGAAAGAGAAAAAGAAGAAGCUAACAUGCCUCACAAAAGGAAAAGAAAACACAAAGAAGAUUGUGUUGAAGAAGUUGAGAUGCCAAGACACGAGGAAGCUCCAAGACACAAACCUAAAUCUGCUGCGCCUCCAGUUCUGAAUUUCAAUGACUUGUUAAAACUUGCUGAAAAGAAACAGUUUGAACCUAUCGUAAUAGAACAGAAACCUAAAGAAGAAGAACGUUUAUUGACGAAAAAGCAGAAGAAAGAAAUGGAGAGGGAAAAAGAGUGGAGGGAUCGAAGAGAUGGAAAAUUGCCUCCUCUGGAAACAGUCAAUAGAAUACCAAAAUUGAAUGGUGAUAAAAAUCAGAAAGUGAAUGGUGAAGUGAAAAAACCAAAUGUGAGUGACCCAGGCAAGAAGAUUGUAAAUGAUAACAAAAAUGAAGUUAUGAAGAAACCUCAAAACAAAGUUAUUGCCGAUGUGGGUAGAAAAAUUAUCCCAGGCAAUAAAGCACCAGUAGGUGAAAAACGACCAAUUGUGCCUUCACCAAGUAUAAAACCAUCAGGGUCUAGCAGUAAAAUAAACACACUAAACAAACCAAAAGAUUUGAAUGAUCUGAAAAAGAGGGAAAUGGCCAAAUUGAGUAAAGAAGUUCCAAAAAAAAUAAUACCAUCUGAUAUUAAACCUAGGCAAUUUUCUCCUUCUGAUCUGAAACCUAAACAAUUUCCUCCGAAAGAUCUCAAGCCUAAACAGUUACCCCCUUCAGAUGUUAGGAGAAGGGAAUUUCCACCAAAGGACGUCAAAAGGAAACCUGUUAUUAAUAAUAAAAGGAGAAUUAUGGAUGAUGAUGAAGAUUAUGAUUCUGAAAUGGAUGAUUUUAUUGAUGAUGGUCCAGAAGAAAGUGAGGAUUACUCAAAAUAUAUUAGUGAAAUAUUUGGAUAUGAUAAAUCAAGGUACCGAAAUGUGGAUGAUGACAUAGACAACAUGGAGUCUACAUUUGCACAACAGAUGAGAGAAGAAGUUAUCAGCACAAAAAUUGGUAUAAUGGAAGAUCUAGAAGACAUGAGGCAAGAGGAGGAGGAAAAGAGACAGAAAGCUUUAUUAAAAAAGAAAAGAAAGUUAUAAGUGUGUGAGUGAAUAUUACUGUAUGAAGUUGUGAUUUGUGCAUAGGGUGGUUUGGAUGAAAUAAAGUAGGUGCUAAUUACUUAUCGUAUUCAUUGGAUUCUUCUUAUUCCAGAUUUUUUUAAUUGUAAAAACACGUUUUUAAUAUUUACACUGUGUACCAUACUUUAAUAUUAGCAACUACUUCAAUUUUUUACAUCCAACCCAUAAUGUUGAAUUUGUGAUAGGUGGUUAAUUAUUUAUAACGAAAAAUUUAAAACUAAUUUUUUAUUGUUAUCACAUAUCUAUGGAGACAAAUUGUUAUACAUCUAUUUGCUUAAGGUAAAUUAACUUCUCGCUCUAAAAUGGAUUUAUAAAGAAUGGAGUAAAUUCGGAAGGCAAAGUUGAUUGUAGGUCAUUUGUUAUCAUAAUCACGUUGUCAUUAAAAUUCUCUUUUCUGUGUAUAUAAUUUUCUAUGUAAAAAAAAAAAAUAAGAUCAUAAAAGAUGUUUGUUCUGUGACAUUUUGAGCAUGUUUUGAACUUUUCGAAUUUGUUCCAUGCCGUUUGGAAUCAGUGUAUAAAAAAUAUGGAAUUCAUUAUGGUAAACAAUUUUGUGGAUUAUAUUGACGCAGUUUUACUUUGAUGUAAAAAUUUAAUUUAUAAUAAAAUUCAUUCUUGAGAUUAA